CCUGUGACGUCUGUCUUUGCUAACCAAACGGAGCGACUUUCUUCAUCAGAAAGGAGCCGCUGCCAAACUGUUGAAAUUGACAACCACUUAGAACGAAUUCAUUAGCCUACCUUGCCAGCAGCGAAAACCAAAAUGAUGCUUGUUCCCUGUCGCUAAACCAGACGUGGUUCUUCACUCACUGCCUCAUCCACUACUGCGACAGCGUGAUCACAUCCGCGGCCAUGAGCUUCCCUACCGCAUCCAUGCAUCGAUCGCCAAGCAGGCGAUCGUGCUCUAUAAGGAAUAUGUUACUCUCCUCCCUCGUUGCAGCCGCCUCAUUCCUAGGAGUUUCCGUCUCCGCAACUUAUGCACCAGCUGCGCCACCAGCAAGACUGCCUGUUGACGGGGUGUUUCAACUGAAAACGUGUGUCGGAGUAACCCGAACUUUAGAUGCAACAGGACCAAUGGCGUUUUUGUUCUUGGAUGCGGACAUUAUGAACCGGAAAUUUUUAUCGUGUAGUGCAGUUCUCAACAACUGUUGACGAGUCUUCUUCUUCUUCUUUGCUCUUAGUAAGUUCGUAGAACUCAAAGAAGAUUCAGGGAAGUCGUAGGUCCAAUCCGAACCGACUAACAUCGUCAACAAGUAGAACGGAUUUCUUGUAGACUAACUAAAACAAACCUUCGUAUCUGUGUCUUCAACCCAGGCUAUUCCUCGUCAUGCCCUCUCGCCUAAAACGCCCAAUUGUUCUGCUUUCUCUAACUUGCGCGAGUUCUCCCGAACUCAAUAUCGGCAUUUUGCCCAAAUGGCGGAGAUAUUUCCGAAAAUACAUUUUGUGGCGAUCUUGAGCUUCGGUCUGGGUUGGGAUCCGGAUGCCUGUUCCAAGGUAAAUGGGCGGUUCUAUUCAUCUUUACUGCUGCUGGGGCUGGAUUAUUUCUCUAUCUCAUCCUCUUGCUUCUUCGUCAACUACAUCUACAACAAAGUAACAUCUCCAACUUCACCAAUUUUCAUCCCCAUCUCCCAGUUUCCGCAACCCAGCGGAAGUCCAGCCAGCUUACUCCUCGAUCACCAUACCUUUUAUGGCAACCAGUAUGGUUACGAAUUUUUCAGCGUUUCGCCGAAUGAGCUCGUUAUCUACAACAACAAAAGGAGGUUUCGAUACCUGCCAAAGACACAAGCGGAUAUGGGCCGACCGAUUGGACAUACUUGGGUACAACAUUUUCUUCAUAUAAUUAGUGUAAAGUGGGAGUUUUAUUUACCGGUAUGCGCCUAUGUCUUCAUUCAUAUUGUUUGUUCUGUUCACAUCCCAAACGCAAUCCCUUUAAGAGAACUACACUGGUUUCCACUCCACCCUUCCUCCUCCUACUCCACUCCUUUCUCCCUGCUCAAUAGCCGACUCCGUUAGCAUCUUCACAAGGUCCACACCGCAGUAGAGGAAUUAGAUCGAGUCUUAUCAAAUCCCGAGUUCCAAGCGGAUACCCACGGUUCCCCGCUCUUUCUUCAGAGCACAUUCCAGGAGUUUGAUGGUUUUCUAGUGGAGGGUGGCGAGAUCGGCAGAGUAAACGGCGCCCAUGAUGCCGCACGCUGUCAAGAGAAAUGCUUUGUUAUGUUGAAUAGUUUCUUUUCGUGUGAGUGCUGUGUGGUAGUAGUUCAAGUGCAUGUACUAUUAAUUUCCGCUGCAAAAAUUUCCCAUUUUCCAGUUCCAGAGUGGUCAGCCGUCCCUCUGUUCCAUUCCUCUUCUGUCCAGCUUCUAAUCCCCAACAAGGCUGCACUGCUUUCGUUAUGUACGGACAGCACCAUUGCGUCUUCUUUGCCAGUGAACCCACUGCGUUGUUGGAAAACCGACUGCGGUAUUCGAACGCUCGCCUGUUCAUACGACAACCAAUGGCCGAUGUGAACAAAAGUCAGAAAAUAUUGAAGGGUAUAAAUACAUAGAUUUCUUCCACGGGUUUGAUUACAGCGUUUUGCUUCUUGUUUAGGAGAUGAAGGAUUUCCAUUUUGUUGAAGCCGUUGGGCCUAUUUUGAGCCUGCUCUUCAAUUUUGUUAAAUACUGCCAGCUUUUUUCAUCGAUUCAGAUAUUACUUUCAUUCCCCAGCAAUUAUUCCUCUCAGCACUCUUCAGGCUUCCUCUGGGCCAUGCUAAUCAUUUUCGGCGCCACCUUGCUCUUUUUCACGUGUACGAAGCUCAACAGCAAGAGAGUCAGUGCCAGCGUGUUGGACAGUCUAGAGGCGAAUACUGGCUUAUCGAGUCUGAUACGAGCCGCAGAGCAAGAUGACGGGGAAGAGGUGGUGGAAAAGUUUCCACCAGUAGCGUUGGAGCCGAAAGCAGAUGUGGAUCCGGCGGAAUAGCUCUUCCAGAUGAUGUAAUCAUUCAUCUGGCGAACACAAUGAUCAUAAAGUAGUGCUGGUGCAGCUCGAGAUUCAGAAGAAAUCGUCAAUCAAUCUUGAUUCAUCAAUGUGUAACAAACUUCGAAAAAACAAACAAAGUUUUUUUGCUUUUUCCAUUUGUAGUAAAUACUAUUAACUCAAUGAAUCAGACACUUGCUGGUGCUUCUAUGACCAGCAGCGCAAAGAAUGCAGAUAAUUUUUAGAAAGUGCCGUUAUGCUCCGAGUAGGAGCCGCGCCUUUUUUGCAUAUGAGUGAGCUGCGCCAUUAGGCUAGUAGUAAGUACUAAAUGGGACACUAGUAUGAUGAUCAACAU